GCGCUACUAGUACUAGUACAAGCCUAUGGAGCCGAGACCUCCAUAGCUAUACGUUCGCUCGCACAGUGCACGCAUUUACGCGCGCGCCCCGCAUGCAAGCUGUCCCCAACAACCUCCAGGUUGGCAUCCUCCUCCUCUCCUCUCCCCCCUCGCCGCGACACCACCCCCCUAUAUAUACGCUCACGGCUCACUCCUCCCCACAAACACACAACCACCGCCGUGCGCGCGCAGCUCGAGCUCCUCUCAUCGCCUCGAUCACCGCGCCGAUCAAUAACCAUCGGCGUCGACUUUUUACAAUAUUACUUUUACCACCAUGGGCGCGUGCAACUCGUGCGAGGCGACGGCGGUGGCGGCGGUGACGGGGGCUUCAACCGUGGGCGAGGCGACCGCGGCGAGGGUCGUGCUCGCGGACGGCGAGCUGCAGCGGUUCCCGGGGGGCACCCGGGCGUCGCAGGCGAUGAAGGCGGCCGCCGCCGCUGCCGCGGGCGGCGCGGGCGCGUGCUUCCUGUGCAGCGCCGACGGGCUGGAGCUGGGCGGCGCCGUGGCCGCGGUGGCGCCCGACGAGGAGCUGCAGCCCGGGCAGCUAUACUUCGUGCUGCCCGCGGCGAUGCGGCGGCGGGCGUUGCAGGCGGAGGAGAUGGCCACGCUCGCCAUCCGCGCCAGCGCCGCGCUGGCCGGCGACCACGACGGCCCGCUCGUGUUCCCCGACUCGGCCCCCGCGGCGAGGAGCGGCGUGAAGGGUGGCUCCCGCCGGCGGUCGCGGAGGGCCCCCAGCCUCGGCCGCGACUUCGUGCCGGACCUCGGCGCCAUUGCCGAGUAGCAGCUGCUCGCCGUCCGGUCCGGCCGGCGAGGAGAAAUAACCCGAGUGUAGUGUUACGUGUAAACUAAUCCGCCGGAGGGAGAUUUGAUUUGACUAAUGCUAAUCUAGUGUAGUUGGGGCAAGGCUGAACUCUGCUUAAUUAGCUGGCUCGCUGCAGCUACUGCUGCACGUUCCAGUGCACCCACAUGUACAACAAGAAAGACGCGUAGGCACAUUGCAUUGCGUACUACUCCAUUAUUUUGACCUGAUGAUCCAA